AUCCUUUUCCAGCGUCUCGGUUUCAGCAAUGUCAAUUCUCGUAUAGUCGCUGUCGCCAAUGGCACUGAAUAUUUCCUUGCAAGCUUUAUUGCCAUUGGGCUUGUUGAUCGCCUCGGUCAGCAGCCACUUAUACUGUUUGGUCAGGUGGGCCAAACGAUCACCAUGAUGCUCCUAGCUGUGUCGGGUGCCAUCAACACACCAGGAUGCCGCGUAGUAUCUGUAGUCCUAUUAUUCGUAUUCAACACCUUCUUUGCCGUUGGAUUGCUGAGGACAAGUUGGCUC